AUGAACUCGUACCCAAUAGAGUUCCUCGCCCAUCCCCAGCCGCUCAUGUUCGUGGGCGGCCUGGGGACGCUUCCCCCAUCUACACGCAAACCAAGCAACUCGGAGGUCCCCCUAACCUCUCCCGAGCCAGAGCCCGAACCCGCGGCCCUCCCCCAAGACGACUUUGGGCAGCUUGCGACCGACCUCCGCUCCGCAUUGCAGCCCUACACGGCCCCACCUCGGGUAUGGGGCGGCGAAAACACCGACUUCCGUGUCGUCCUUGUCGACAAGGGCGUCAAACUCCCGCUCCGCAAGACGCCCGAGGGCCACUCCCCCCUCUCCCCGCUUACUCCCACCUCUCCUCUACAUCCCGACGGCCUCAUCGCGCCGGUGUGGAUUCGGAAACACACUGACCUCGUUCCCAGUGUGUUUGUUCUUUUUCUGCGGCUGUACGAGCCCUCUGGUCCGCCGUUAGGCGACGAGGCGGAGCGUAUGCGUGAGGCUGACGAGGCGACGGUGCGCGAGAUUAGCGAUAGGCGUCGGCGCCUCGGCGAGCGCGGGAUCCGCCUCACCGUCGUGCUCAUGGCAAGCACCUCGGCACUCGAUGCCGACGGGCUGGACGCGCGCUUGAGCGCAAUCAGGCGCGCGUCCCAGCUCUCUGCAAAGGCCUCCCUCUUCGUCCUUACGCCCGUCAAGGCGUCAGAGCUUCCCGACUUUGUGCGCAAUCUAUUCGACGCGCUGCGCGAGCCCGCGCUCGAGUACUAUGUCGCGCACGGGAAACGCAUUCGGCGCAAGCGUGGGCGCGGGGGUAAUCGGUCGAGAUCCAACAGUAUCGCUGGACGCCGGGGUAGCGCCGCACCCCUUGGUCCACAGGGAUGGACCAUACGGUACGACUUCAAGGCGGGAUGGUUUGCCGAGGUGCGCGGCGAGCUCGACCUCGCGAGGCGCCAUUACGAGGACUGCUGGAACGAGCUCGCACGCAUGUUUGGGAGCACGAGCGCGCUGCCACCACGCACCAAGCGGUGGGCCGAGGCCAAGGUGCUCGCGGACUGUCUUGACAUCUGCAAACUUCAGCUCUACGAGGGUGCUGCCACCAAGGUCCUUGUGCCGUUCUUCGUGCACCUGCGCCGCUUCGCUGACCUCUCCCGAGGCUGGGGCAUCGGCGAGGACACGUUCGAGUUCUGGUCUUGGGUCGCGCGACAGUACCGCAUCUUCGGUGAGGUGCUUGAGAUCGCGAUGGCCAACGCGAACGGCUUCCCAAUCCCACCUCUUCCGACUCCGACAUACCCUCAACCUCCGACAGGUAACGUCCUUCCCCCAGCUCCGGAAGAGAUGAACACGCCCGUCUCUAUUGCCAACCCACUGCAUGUCCUCCAGCCGCCUGCGUUCUACUUCUACACUGCCGCGACGUGCACCCUCGAGCGCAAGGCGCGGUACGACGCUGCGGUUGCAGCCGAACAUGCGGCCGGGUCGUCUGGGUUGGCAGCCGUGCCCGGCUUCGCGAACGAGAAGAGCGUCGAUCACGCUGGGUUAGCGGUCGAACUGCUGAGCAAAGCGAGCACGAUGUCGGGCGAGCAUUCCGGCUUGGCGCUGUAUGCCGCCUUCCGCAUGGCCCAAGUUCAAGCGGAAGCUGGCCUGUAUGAGGCUGCGGCAAAGACGCUCAAGGCGCUUUCCGACGCUACAGACAGCGAGGACAGGGUGGAGUGGGCCAAGCUCGAGGAGCAGUCUCGGACUCUCUGGCUGGAGUGUGCGCGGGCGACCGGCGACGUUGACACAGCUGUGCGCCUGCUCGCGUCGCUUCCAUCAGCAGAGGCUCAGGACGACCUCCUCGGUCUACUUUCCACAACGAAGCCUGGGAGCGACGAGCCCAUCACCUCGUCUGCCCAGAUCAUCACGCUCUCAGCCGGCUUCCGGGCGGACAAAGCGGCUACAGGCAGCAGCGUACCGUUCCAGCUCGUCCUGACCCCAAGCGCGGACGUCUCGCACUUGGCCUUUGAUCGCCUCCGCGUCUCGCUGAGCGACGGUACCGACAUUGUCGUGACCCACUCGGAUGGCUCACGAGAGGUAGCCCUCGGGCCUAUCUCGGGUACGGCCAAGGCUUCCGGCCCGCUGACCUUUGCCAACGAAUUGGUGCUCACCGGAACUGUCUCGGCCGACACUGAGCUCGAGGUUCUGGGCGCAGACCUCACCCUGGCGAAAGACGGGUGGGUGCUCACCUGGCGUCUCGAACCUACGCCGCUGGGCGUAUGGCGUGCGCACGGGACGGCCUUCGUGCCCUCGGCCGGCGUCUUCCCAUCAGUGACCUUUGCGCCACCUCCACACGCCGUGUCGCUCGACCUCUCCGCCCCGCCCGUCGGCUUCGAGGGCGAGUCUGUCCCCAUCACGGUCAAGGUCACGAGCGACGACGAGCGUGACUUGGCGCUAAGCCUCAGCGUGCUUCUCCAGCCCGGUGACGAGCCUGACGGGAGCACGAUCUCGCACGGUGACGCCAGCUCUGACGCACUCCUCAAGGACAUUCCGCUCAUCCUCAUCGACGGAACCGCCGAAACGACAGUAUACCUCCUGUCUCCGUCGGCGCAUACCAAGAUGCUCGACGUGUCCCUCAUGUCCACCCUCUCGGGGUUGGGGGAGGAGACUACGCGCACCGCUGUCGUGCCUGUUGUCGAGCCGUUUGCCAUUAGCACAAGCACGCAGCCUACCAAGGCUGGCGCGUUGCUGGCUGCAACGCUCAGUGUUCCCAGUCCGAGGGGGGUUGUGGUCGAGGGCAUGGCAUUGGUCGCGGAAGGGGCGCACGUGGCUAGCUCGAGUUUGGGCAGUGCUGAGUGGCCGCAGACCUGGGACCACACGACGUCGUUUGCCCUCGCGGCCAAGUUUGCGCUUCCGGCGCGCGCGCCGCCCGCCUAUGCCAUGUUGCGCGUGCGCUGGCGUCCCGCCUCAUCCUCAUCCUCAUCCUCGUCCAGUGACACAUUAACGGCGACGCUCCCGCUGGGCGCACUGCACGCGCCGCCACCCGAGGCGUUUGUUACUGCGAGUCUGGCAAGUCCGGCCGCCGUGCGCGCCCACACGCCAUUUGCAUUACAGCUGACGCUGGCCAACGCGCAUCCCGACACAGAGGCGUGGUUGACAGUACAUGGCGAGACGGCCGACGCGUUCGUCUGGGCUGGGCCGCGCGGCGCACGCGUGCCCGUGCCUCCAGGCGGGAAUCUCGUUGUCGACCUAGGCGCCGUGCCGGUGGGAGCUAGUGGUUGGGCCGCACUGCCACACGUUGCCGUGUGGCUGGGAGACGGGGCGGAUAGACGUGAAGUCCGCGUGGCGGCGCCCGCUGGCGUACUCGUUCGACCAUAA